AUGGAGCCGGGUUAUGAGAGUAUACGGCACAAUAAACACACGGAACACGCCAGCAACACCUGUAUAAUUAUACAGCACAAUAAACACACGGAACACGCCAACAACACCUGUAUAAUUAUACAGCACAAUAAACACACGGAACACGCCAGCAACACCUGUAUAAUUAUACACCACAAUAAACACACGGAACACGCCAGCAACACCUGUAUAAUUAUACAGCACAAUAAACACACGGAACACGCCAACAACACCUGUAUAAUUAUACACCACAAUAAACACACGGAACACGCCAACAACACCUGUAUAAUUACACAGCACAAUAAACACACGGAACACGCCAGCAACACCUGUAUAAUUACACAGCACAAUAAACACACGGAACACGCCAACAACACCUGUAUAAUUAUACACCACAAUAAACACACGGAACACGCCAACAACACCUGUAUAAUUAUACAGCACAAUAAACACACGGAACACGCCAGCAACACCUGUAUAAUUACACAGCACAAUAAACACACGGAACACGCCAGCAACACCUGUAUAAUUAUACAGCACAAUAAACACACGGAACACGCCAGCAACACCUGUAUAAUUACACAGCACAAUAAACACACGGAACACGCCAGCAACACCUGUAUAAUUACACAGCACAAUAAACACACGGAACACGCCAGCAACACCUGUAUAAUUACACAGCACAAUAAACACACGGAACACGCCAGCAACACCUGUAUAAUUACACAGCACAAUAAACACACGGAACACGCCAGCAACACCUGUAUAAUUAUACAGCACAAUAAACACACGGAACACGCCAGCAACACCUGUAUAAUUACACAGCACAAUAAACACACGGAACACGCCAGCAACACCUGUAUAAUUACACAGCACAAUAAACACACAGAACAUGCCAGCAACACCUGUAUAAUUAUACAGCACAAUAAACACACGGAACACGCCAGCAACACCUGUAUAAUUACACAGCACAAUAAACACACAGAACAUGCCAGCAACACCUGUAUAAUUAUACAGCACAAUAAACACACAGAACACGCCAGCAACACCUGUAUAAUUACACAGCACAAUAAACACACAGAACACGCCAGCAACACCUGUAUAAUUACACAGCACAAUAAACACACAGAACAUGCCAGCAACACCUGUAUAAUUAUACAGCACAAUAAACACACGGAACACGCCAGCAACACGCGCACAAGCGCCUGA